AUGCGUGGUGUUGACGCUGCGUUAGUUACUGUUUCUCAAACAAAUCGUCCCAUUGCAAAGAUUGCGAUACCUAUUGAACAUACGAAACAUAUGAUGUGGUUAACUGAUUUAUCUAUAGAGGCGCUUAAAAACUGGAACACUCCAAACAUACAAAUACAAGUUAUUACUCAAGACCGUCCUUUUUCUCUUUCACGCCUUAUGAAAUCUAUAAAUUCGUCUAUUUAUUUCAAUGACGAUGUACAUCUCACUAUAAACUUAGAUCGAGGUGCUGAUCCUAUAACCGUAAAAAACAGCCAAAUAUUUAACUGGCCUUUUGGUAAAAAAAGCAUUCGAUACCGCAUACAACAAGGCGGUUUGAUUAAUGCCGUGGUGGAAUCUUAUAAUCCUACUACAAAUGAUGAUUACGCCAUAAUUUUAGAAGAUGAUAUCGAAGUUUCUCCGCUCUACUAUAUAUGGGCAAAAUACACCGUCUUAAAAUAUAGAUAUGAUACUAAUCGAAAUUUAACCGGUAGAAUGCUUGGAGUCAGCCUUUACAAUACAAAACUCAAUGAAAUACAUAUGUCUGGUCGUAGGCCAUUUAAUCCUGCUCUCGUUUUGGAAAACACAGAAUACCCUAAUCAAUCUCCAUAUCUUAGUCAAAUACCUUGUAGUUGGGGUGCAUUAUUUUUCCCUGAAAUAUGGCGUGAAUUUAAGUAUUAUUUGGCUGCUAGAUUAACUGACCUUUCUGGUCCUCAACUACAGAACAUAACUGUUCCAGAAAGUAGAUCGAAUAGAUUCACAAAAUCUUGGAAACGUUUCUUUAUAGAGCUUGCAUAUCUUCGUGGAUAUGCAAUGCUUUAUCCUAAUUAUAAAGAUUCUAUUAGUUUUACCACUAAUCAUGCUGAGGACGGUGUUCAUUUUCACUUCAAAGGAGAAAAAAAAAACACGUGGCUUCUACCAUUGAUGAAAGAGGAUAUUCUAUCGGAAGGGUUACCUGGUGGUCAUUUACCAAACUUUGAGGAUUUACCAACUAUGGACCUUUGGGGUUAUGUUGUGUCGACAAGUGAAUUAAUUCAACGUGGACGUGAACUCCACUUAAAUAUUUCGAGUUGUCCUCCCAAUGAUCUUUAUGAAUUCACUUACGACCCCCAAGACUUAUUAU